AUGACCAAGGGUGUCGAUUGUCAACAGGGUUCUAUCCGACAUAAGCCACGACCAACGAAUCGUCGCAUAGCCCAAUUGGAGCGUGAAAAUGCACUGCUGCGUCGACAGGGGGCUUCCGUGCCAGAUAGGAGUCCCAUGGACGACGAGCCAUCCAUGAUAUCUACAGAUGCUUCUUUCAUGUCUAUCAGUCCUAGUCAAGAUCGGAGAAAUAGUUCGAUGCCUUGCGAUGUCAGCUCGUCGCCAAUUGACCGUCCUACUGUAUUAAGCAACGGUUCUCAUCCCGAAGCUCCGGACAGCGAUCCCCGCAGAAGGGCAACCUCACUGUACCAUGGUCCAACCAGUGCAGUUUACGAUGAGACCGCCAACUCAAGAAAUAGUGAAGAAAAUACGGGAUUCCCCAGUUACCCUAUCAAUGAAGCAUGGACUAGAAGUCAAUUAUUUGCGGAAACAGCUAGGCAAAGGCAAUUGGAGCUUCUAGAGUUCUCCGCUGGGAAGCUUGACUUCGAUGGUGUGGAUCCCGAGAUUGGUAUGCAUCUGCUAUCGAUUUAUUGGUGUCGUCAGCUGUAUACAGCUCAGAUCAUCUACCGGCCAGCCUUCAUGCGAGACAUGGCUUGCGACGGACCAUACUUUUCCAAACUUCUUCUUAAUGCUAUAUUUUUUACGGUUUCGAAGCACUGUUCACGACCUGAGCUUCGAUCAGACCCUGAUGACAUUACUACCACCGGGUGGAGUUUUCGCCAGCGAUUUUCAGAGCUCUUACGCGACAACUUCGAUAAGAGCAAUAUUACGACAUUGCAAGCACUUCUUAUCAUGUCAAAUUCUCUCUUCUCCAGAUGUGAUGAACGAAGUAUUUCGUGGCUGUAUGCAGGAAACGCAUUCAAUAUGAUCAUUGACCUUGGCCUUCACGUGCUUCCUUCUCCAGAGAAAAUGUCUGCUGAAGAUCUUGAGAUCCGAAAACGCGUUUUGUGGGGUGCAUACUCUAUCGACAAAAUCCAAUGUCUCUACCAAGGAAGACCACCACUCCUCCGGUACAUGAAUUUCAAAGCAUCGCUAAACUUCUUGGAUGAGUAUGACGAGCUCGAUCCCUUCCAGGGAAUAACAUAUGCUCCAGUAAAACAACAAGCAGCUAUACCAUCUCUCAAUGUAUCCUUGUUGACUAAGCUGUGUGAACUAUCAAUCAUCAUUGAUCGAAUCCUGUGCGAAUUAUACUCCGAGUCUCAACAAAUGAGCCUAAGUCAAAGCGAGGUCAUUUCCAAUGAGAUCAACUCCGAGCUGGGAAGCUGGCGCAAAAAUCUUCCACCGCAGCUAGACUACAUUUGCCAUCCGACGGAAGCCGCUCUUCUACCCCAAGCUCUCUGUCUUCUCGCUCUUUUUAACGUGCUACUGAUUCUCUCCCAACGACGUCUAUUCACUGGUAGCUACCAAGCCGACACCCCAGGAACCGCCCACGAAUCCGUCAACAUAUGCACAACAGCCGCAAACCAAAUUGUCCAAAUCCUCCGCGACUACACGCUACAUUUUUCAAUAGGAAGUGCGCCAUACAUGCUUUCCUAUGCGACAUAUAUCAGCGCAACGAUUCAUGCCAGGAUAGUCGCGCAGAAGGGAAGGAACUCCAGUUCGUUCCAGUCCCUGCUUCUCUGUCGACACAUCCUCAAAGAGCAUGAGAGAUUAUACGCAGCAGCCGGGAAAGCCAGAGCAAAUCUGAACAGACUCAUCGCUAAUCUAAACAUUCGCAUCCUCGACGAUGAUAAAUACACACUAGCAUCGUGCAUGGAGGGAAACAGUGCUAGUAGAAAUGACCUCCUAUCCGAAGAGUCCAUUCCAACACUGGAUGCAUCAAGUCUUGCUCCGCAAAAUCUGGAGUUACAUUCCGCACAGCUAAACUUGGAACUGUCGGACCUUGAUCUCGAGGCAAUUGCUCAAGGGUUUCGACUUGAAGGGGAAUUGGAUUAUCUCAUGCGCCCAUCUGGGUUCUAA